GAAAAUCCUAUGCGUCGUCAAGGUUUCCCGACUGGCUGAAGAGCACCCGGCAACAAUGGCAUCGUCGCGUCCUUCCGUCUAUCCCUCCGCGUCGCUCGCGUCGACGAAUGCCGCAUCGGGGUCUGCGCCUUCCAGCACGACCGCACAGCGGCUCGCGGCAAAGCACGCUGAGCUCGAUGGCCUGCGCGUGCUCAAAGAACAAAGCUCGCGCCUCGCGAGGGAGAUCGAGAAGCUCGGCGAUAGGGUUGAUGGACUCGUCGAGGGCGGUGAUGCUUUCGCGUCCGUCAUGUCCUCCUGGCAAGGAGUCUUCCGCGCAAUCCAAAUAUCAAGAGCCGACAUGACGUCGCUGGCCGCGUCAACCGCCGCGCUGGUCUCCGGCGGCGUUGCCGCACCUGGAACAGGUGGCUCCUCGCUGGCCGGCUCGGCAGCGGCCGGCCUCGGCGCAAUGGACGACGAGCAGGUCAAAGUCGGUACACUCGUCCGCAUCCCCGUUGACACGGACGCUUCUGUUGCUGCUGCGGGGGAGGAGGCCGCACGUGAGGCGAAGGAGGAAGAGUAA